GAAACACGUCACUCCCUGCGCUCGUGACCAGCUACACCAGCCAUCACGUGACUCGUCGUCAGCUGACUGCAGAGGAACGAACGACUCUCAUCCUCCGUCGACCUUCUCUUCAUUCUCCGGUUCUUCUCGCUCCGGUUCUUCUCGCUCCGGUUCUUCUCGCUCCGGUUCUCCGUCCUCCCCCCGCGAUGGCGAGUCAGUCCCAGGGAAUCCAGCAGCUGCUCCAGGCCGAGAAGAGGGCGGCCGAGAAGGUGGCCGAGGCCCGCAAACGUAAGAACCGUCGUCUGAAGCAGGCGAAGGAAGAAGCUCAAGCUGAGAUCGAACAAUAUCGACUCCAGAGAGAAAAGGAGUUCAAGACCAAGGAGGCGGCGGCCCUUGGUUCCCAUGGUAACAGCGCGGUGGAGGUGGACCGUGACACGGCUGAGAGGAUGGGCCGCAUCCAGACCAGUUACCGUGGCAACAGGGAGGCGGUGCUGGGGGAGCUGCUGCGACGCGUCUGCGAUAUCCAGCCCGAGUUCCACGCUAACUACCGUGUAGCUGGCUGAGGGGCGGGGCCUCUGCACCGCUCUGGGCUGGAGGGGCGGGGCCAAGCUGGAGGCGUGGGCGUUAGCAUCGUUAAAGUUAUUUUAUUGUUGAUGUUUUCCUGCUCCGGUUCAGACGACUUCCUGGUUCCAUGUUGUUACUGAUGUAUUUAAAUAUGAAUCACCAUUAAUCUGUUAAUAUAUAGAAAUAAAAUAAGAGCCAAUCAGGACUCAUCCAUCCACUGAUUGGUUGUUUACUCUCAAACCUCUUAUUUUGAAGCUUGUUGUUGUUGUUUCCUGUUUGUGACCAUGUGACUUUCUGCUGUCUGUGACGUGAUGAAGAUUCAAAUAUUAAGAUAUUAAAAUGUAGUUGAUUGGUUGAAA